GCCACUGCCACGAAGAAGAAAUCUCUCUCCAAGGACAGCGAAACCUCUGCGGGCGACCCACCUAGUGAAGACGCGUACCAUGAGGAGAGCGCGGAGGAGGAUGACGAUGACGAUGUAUCCAUCCAUAGUGACAACCUAGAUGACGAUCCACCGCCCAAGAAGCGGAAACGCGCUGCAAUGACCAGUCUGGCGAAGAAGUCGUCCCCUAAGAAGGCGGCUACCCUUCGCAAGAAGCGACGCACCAAGGCCGACGAGGACGAGGAAGACGAGGAGCCAGAGCUAGAGGAGGGACAAGAGGUGGUAGGGAGGGUCAUUCAGGCUCCUAAAGACGGGUGGGCGCCUGAGGGCCAGAUAUCGCAGCACACGUUCAGUUUCCUGAGCGAUCUGCAAAAGCCCGAGAACAACGAUAGGCAGUGGUUCAAGUUGCGAGAACCUAUCUAUAGACGUACAGAGGCUGAAUUCAAGGCGUUUAUUGACGCCUUCACGGAUAUGUUGACGGAGGUGGACGACGAGAUUCCGCCUUUGCCUCCCAAGGAUGUCAUUCACCGGAUAUAUCGGGAUAUACGAUUCAGUAACGACAAGACGCCCUACAAGACCGGCUUCUCCGGCAGCUUCUCGCGGAGCGGACGGAAGGGCAAGUUCGCAUUUUUCAAACCAGGCGAUCAGAGCAUGCUCGCUGCAGGAUCAUGGUGUCCUGCUAGAGAAGAAUUGCAGACGAUUAGAAACAACAUUCUUCGCUCCCCGGACCGACUCCGUGCGGUCAUUGCACGUCCAGCGUUUGUAAAGCUCUUUGGUGAACCCCGGCCUCAUCCCAAAGGCAGCAAGCAGAACAUCUUUGGGGCUGAGGACGAGCUCAAGGGCGCACCUAAAGGAAUUGACAAGGGACAUAAGGAUAUCGAUUUGCUUCGGUGCAGGUCCUUCAUCGUUUCGACCAGAUUCUCCGACAAGGUUGUGACCUCACCCGACUUUAUUGACGAGCUCAGGCGCAUUGCCGAAGUGCUCAUGCCCUUUGUGAGAUGUCUCAAUGAUAUGAUCACCAUUCAGCCGGACUCGGACGAAGAGGGCGGGGAAGAUGAUGAAGAGGAUUGACGCUCUUAACCAAGGUCUCUUCAAUUCUCGCUGUAGCCGUCACUGACUCUCCUCUUUUUCAAACACAUUUUUCUCGAUGGCAUCGGAGAUGUUGUCCCUUGAUCCCUCUUGCCUUGAUGCUAUGCCGCCUUGGUUCAUCUCGUCCCAUAUGUUCGCACUUGUAACCCCAGUACUAAUUGUAUAUAUGACAGUGUCAAUAUAGUCGAGUCAUGUUAUCCUCCAAUGCUACCUAAUUCAC